UUAUUGUUUUUUACAAUGGGGAAUACCCAAUUACUGACGAUUAAAAAUAACCUGCACAAUGACUGAGCUGGGCGAGAGGGUGUGAGCGGAAGGUUCAAUAAUGCCUGUAGAAGAUAUCCUUAGUUUUCUUGGCAAUAAGUCAACUGUCUUUGCAUUAGGUGCUGUUGCCAUGACUUCAUCUUAUUACUUAGCAACAAGAGCAACCCCAGUGAAGCCAGUCAUUGAUCUUAAGAAACAGUCUAUAGUACUGGAGGGAGAUGAGAGAAUUCAUGUCUCACCGUUAAUGAAAAAUGGAAAAUUCUUGGAGUACCGUUACGAGGAUGUCAGAACAGUUUAUGAUGCCUUUCUGAGAGGCAGAAGACUAUCAGGUGAUGGACCAUGCUAUGGACAAUCUACAACAUCAGGGUUUGUUUGGACAUCGUAUAAUGAGGUAUAUGAUCUUGCUCAAGCACUUGCUUGUGGACUAUUCAGCAAAGGUGUGGUAGGCGGACAGGAUACUCUGAUUGGAAUAUAUGCUCAGAAUCGAUUUGAGUGGGGGGUAUCUGAUGUUGCAUGUCUAAUGUUCAGUAUGGUGUCAGUUCCUCUAUAUGACACAUUGGGAUCAGAUGCAUGCUCUUAUAUCAUCAAUAAGGGAAACAUUGCUUCGGUUAUUGUUGACACUGAUGAGAGAGCCAGGAAGCUCAUAUCAGAUGUUUCCGAGAUGAAAUGUCUAAAGAGAAUAAUUAUGGUAGAAGAGAUUUCAGAAGACCUCAAGAGGAUAGCUGAAAAAGAAGCAGUUGAACUCUUAGGAUUUUAUGAUAUAAUAGAACUGGGAAAAAAUAAUCUUCAAGAACCAAUGCCACCUCAACCAACCGAUCUACACACAGUUUGCAAUACCAGUGGAACAACAGGAAAUCCGAAAGGUGUGAUGCUUACCCACAGGAAUAUAAUUGCAACUGCAGCCUCAUUUCAGGAAAUUGCUGAAGGGCCUUCUGAGCUUAAGUUUGAAGAAGGAACAACACAUUUGUCAUAUCUACCAUUGGCCCACAUGUAUGAGAGACUGACCCAUUUGAUGCUUUUGAUGCAUGGUGGGAGAAUUGCCUUUUAUUCUGGUGAUAUCAAGGCCAUUAUGAAAGACCUACAAGCAAUUAAACCGGAUGGAUUUCCAUCAGUACCAAGACUUUUGAACAGAGUAUAUGACAAGGUCAUUCAAAGUGUGGAAUCUGGUGGCUGGCUGAAACGCAAGCUUUUUUAUAUGGCACUGAAUGCCAAGAAGAGGGAGUUAGAUAGGGGAAUUGUGACGAGGACCAGCAUCUGGGACAAGCUUGUCUUUUCAAAAAUUCAAAACAUGCUUGGAGGGAAUAUAAAGGUGGUAUUUUCAGGAGCUGCUCCUCUGGCCCCAGAUGUCAUGACUUUCCUCAGAUGUGCAUUAGGCUGUCAUGUGAUCGAGGGAUAUGGUCAGACGGAAUCCGGAGUUGCGGUGACAUUCACUGUUCCUGGAGAUCAUAGCACUGGUCAUGUUGGCCCACCAAUUUCAUGUUGUAUGAUCAAACUUGUUGAUGUUCCUGAUAUGGAGUACUAUGCAGCCAAUGAUAAAGGAGAGGUAUGUUAUAAAGGUGUAAACAUCUUUAAAGGGUACCUGAACGAUCCAGAGAAGACCAAAGAUGCAGUAGAUGAGGAUGGGUGGCUCCAUUCAGGAGACAUUGGACAAUGGCUUCCAAAUGGAACACUGAAAAUAAUUGACAGGAAGAAGCACAUUUACAAAUUAGCCCAGGGAGAAUAUAUAGCUCCUGAGAAGAUUGAGAAUAUCUACAUGAAGAGUUCAUUAGUUGAACAGGUUUGGGUACAUGGUGACAGCUUCCAGUCAUUUUCUGUAGGCAUUGUGGUACCAGACAGGGAAACAAUGCCAAAAUGGGCAGCAGAUAAAGGUUUCCCGUGUGAAUAUGAGGAACUGUGCAGAAAUGAGGAAGUGAAGAAAAUGAUUCUAGAAAAUAUGCAAUCAAUUGGAAAGGAGAGUGGCUUGAAAUCAUUUGAACAGGUCAAAAUCAUUCAUGUGACAUCGGUGCAGUGGACUGUGGAAAAUUCAUUACUGACACCAACAUUCAAGUUGAAACGACCCACUCUCAAAAAACAGUUUGCAGAAGUAAUAUCAAGGCUAUAUUCAAAAUAACUGACUUAAUCCUGCCGAAAUACUUUAUCUUUAAUCACUAGGCUUUUAUUACUAUACAUUAGUUGCGCACUUAAGAACUGCACUGGCUUCCCGUCACUGAGCAAAUUAAAUGUAAUGUGCCCAGUUUUAUAUUCAAGUCCUUGCACCAUUCCACACCUCAUUACAUCUCGGAACGCAUCACACUCCUUUUAGCAAAAUUUGAAAGGACGUUAAGGUCCACUACAUGCUUUUCAAUCCUUCAUGUGCCUACUUGUCCUUUGGAGACUUACGGAGAGAGGUCAUUUUCUGUUGUUGGCUCUAAGCUCUGGAAUUCACAAUCUGUUCAAGGGUCUCCUAUUUGAUGAUCUUCGUGCUGUCUCAAAUCAUUCCUAUUUGACAAUCUCUAAUUUUCCUCCACCCUCCUGUUUUUGGUUUUUUCUUGUAUAGUUUUUCUUCUACCGCUUUCUUUUCUGUUUUCAACCAUAUAUUCUGAUUUUGUUCUUUUCUGUUGGCCUGGAAAGCACAUAAAGACGAAUGUCAUAUGCGCUAUACAAGUGCACAACCAUUGAUCUUUUUGGCAAAGACCAUUCAGAAAACUAAAAAAAAAAAUGGACAUCAAUAAAAAAGAGAACUAAAAUUAAAAAGCAUCAGCUCAUCAUCUGAACGUUAAUAUCAAAUAUCUUCUUAAAUCUUUGUUUAAUAAGUGCAAGUAAUACUUUUUACUAAGAAAUGCUUUUUAAUGUUUUCAUUAUUUUGCAUAUAUGUUAUUGUUAUUUGGAUGAUGUUUGCAGUUUGUAUUCAUGUUUAUUCCUUCCUCCUGGCAUGAUUGUACUUUUACUUUGCCAAAUGAAUAUUAUGAUUUAAAAUGUAUUGUUAUAAAACAAAAUCCCUAACAGGGCUGUAUAAACAAAACCUAGUUUGCAAACCAGUAUAAGAUAUAAAAUAAUAAUGUACAGUGAUUUAUACAAUAAAAAUCAUCUUGCUUAAUUAGUUUAGUGUUGAAACCGUACUUUGUAAACCAAAAUAAUUAUAUUACUUUUCAUUUUUAAAAGUUGAAUAGUUCCAGGAGCUAUAUUUUUAUAUAAUUAUGGACAUGGCAAUAGGUGAAUCUUAAACUAAAUUGUUUUAAUAUUAAAGUACUACUUACAGACUUUUAAAAGGUUUAACAACAGUGAUUGAUUUUCACUUUAAAAUUUUUUAAUAUUUAAAUUUCAUGUACUGAAAAUAUAUGCAAUUAAUUAUUAAUUUAAAUAUAAAUUAAGUGUAUGCUGCUCUACAAUGUAAAUGUACAAUGUUUACAAGAGACAAUAAAAGAAUUGAAUACAUCACUGGUUCUCAAACCUUUUUAUAUGGCGCAUCCAUACCUCGACCCCAGUUUGGUUGAAGCAAGUUGUAAGCAUAUGGCACCGCUAUCUAGGGUCAGCUUUUUAUUUGCAAACAUUUUUUACUUCACCUAAACGGAGUCAAAAUAUGUGUAUAAAGUUUGAAAAAGCCAAUUACAAGGUUUCAAUAAUAAAUGAAUAA